AUGUACCUGGGCAAAGACCCCGGACCACUGAAAGCGCAUGCACUCCAGGGGGCCCCGGAGGAGGAGCCCCGUUCUGGAUCUGUUCCUCCCUACCUGGCAGGCUCAGUCGUCGCACAGCGUACUCUCGCUGGUACUCCGGGGGCCAGAACGCAGACCUCACCUCUCCACGGAGGGGUCUGGCAGACCACGGAGAGCUGGUGGCCUAGCAGGCUGGCAGACACAGGCUGCCCUUGGCGGUAUGCUGUCCUGUGGACCAACAGCCACCCUGGGCUCCCCACCGGCAGAGUUGCCUGCAGCUCUGUGAGACGGGACCCGCUGGCAGCAUCCCAGAUCACUAGCAGUCGCCGGCUGUGCUCACUGCACACCACACCGCCGCGAGGCGGCGGGCCAGGUCCUCUGGAGAAGGCGGCGGUAGAGGGACGGGAGACCUUUCCUUCUCCUGUCCACGGGGCACAUCAGCUACUAAAUCCCAAAGAAGUCAGCCCUGAGUGCAUCUGCGGGGCAGCCUGUGUCUUCUUGGGCCAAGUUCCCCAGUGUGACUUCUUCCUGCGGCUCCUUGAGCGACCUCCCCCUUGGAUGGCAGGCAGUGUGAUGCUCUGGGCCCCACUGGGACUCUACUUCUCAAGGGAUGCUUACUGGGAGAGGCUGUACGUGGACCAGCCAGCUGGCAUGCCCCUGCUCUACGUCCACGCCCUGCAAGACUUCCCCGAGGAGGUGCCCAGCUUCCGCCUGGGCCAGCACCUCUACGGCGCCUACCGCACACGGCUGCACGAGAACGACUGGGUCCGUAUCCAGGAGGACACGGGGCUUCUCUACCUUAACCGGAGCCUGGACCACAGCUCCUGGGAGAAGCUCAGCAUCCGCAACGGUGGCUUCCCGCUGCUCACCAUCUACCUCCAGGUCUUCCUAUCACCCACGUCCCUUCGUGAGGGCGAGUGCCAGUGGCCGGGUUGUGCCCGAGUGUACUUCUCCAUCAUCAACGCCUCCUUCCCGGCUUGCGGUGCCCUCAAACCCCGGGACCUCUGCUUCCCCGAGACGGGCCUGUCCUUCCGCAUUAGGGAGAACAGGCCUCCCGGCACCUUCCACCAAUUCCGCCUGCUGCCUGUGCAGUUCCUCUGCCCCAACGUCAGCGCGGCCUACAGGCUUCUGGGAGGUGAGAGUCUGCCCUUCCGCUGCGCUGUGGACAGCCUGGAGGUGAGCACGCGCUGGGCCCUGGACCGCGAGAAGCGGGAGAAGUAUGAGCUGGUGGCUUUGUGCACGGUGCGCGUCGGUGCGCGAGAGGAGGAGGUGAUGGUGCCCUUCCCCGUGACCGUUUACGACGAAGACGACUCUGCGCCCAGCUUCCUCGGGGGCGUCGACACCGCCAGCGCCGUGGUGGAGUUCAAGCGGAAGGAGGGCACUGUUGUGGCCACACUACGCGUCUUCGAUGCAGAUGUGGUGCCGGCAUCCGGGGAGCUCCUGAGACGGUACACAAGCACGCUGCUCUCCGGGGAUGCCUGGGCCCUCCAGACCUUCCGACUAGAGCACUCGCCCAACGAGACCUUGGCCCAGGCCAACGGCAGCUCUGUGCGGGCAACCGUGCACGACUACAGGCUGGUUCUCAACCGGAGCCUCCCCAUCUCCGAGAGCCGGGCCAUGCAGCUGGCCGUGCUGGUCAACGACUCGGACUUCCAGGGCCCGGGGGAGGGCGUCGUCCUCCUCCACUUCAACGUGACCGUGCUGCCUGUUAGCCUGCGUCUGCCCAGCACCUACUCCUUUGCUGCGAGCAGGCGGGCCCGCCGCUUCGCCCAGAUUGGGAAAGUCUGUGUGGAAAACUGCCAGGAGUUCAGUGGCAUCCACGUGCAGUACAAGCUGCAGCUCUCCAGCGCCAACUGCAGCGCCCUGGGGAUGGUCACCUCGGCCGAGGACACCACGGGGACCCUGUUCGUGAAUGACACGGAGGCCCUGCAGCGGCCCGAGUGUGCCCAACUCCAGUACACGGUAGUGGCCGUCGAACGGCCAACCCGCCAGCAAGCCCAGGCCCCACUGCUCGUCACACUGGAGGGGACAUAUGUGGCAGAGGAGCCAGGCUGCCCCCUGUCCUGCGCGGUCAGCAAGAGGCGGCCCGAGUGUGAGGAAUGCGGCGGUCUGGGCUCUCUGACGGGCAGGUGCGAGUGGAGACAGGGAGACGGCAAAGGGAUCACCAGGAACUUCUCCACCUGCUCCCCCAGCAUCAAGACCUGCCCCGACGGCCACUGUGACGCCGUGGAAAGCAGAGACGCCAACAUCUGCCCCCAGGACUGCCUCCGGGGCGGCAGCAUCAUUGGUGGGCACGAGCCUGGGGAGCGCCGGGGGAUUAAAGCCGGCUUCGGUAUCUGCAACUGCUUCCCGGAGGAGAAGAAGUGCUUCUGCGAGCCGGAAGACAGCCAAGACCCGCUGUGUGAUGAGCUUUGCCGCACAGUGAUCGCGGCAGCCGUGCUCUUCUCCUUCAUCGUGUCCGUGCUGCUGUCCACCUUCUGCAUCCACCGCUACCACAAGAACGCCCACAAGCCGCCCAUCGCCUCAGCUGAGAUGACCUUCCGCCGGCCUGCCCAGGCCUUUCCGGUCAGCUACUCCUCAUCUGGUGCCCGCCGGCCCUCGCUGGACUCUGUGGAGAACCAGGUCUCUGUGGACGCCUUCAAGAUCCCGGAGGAUCCAAAGUGGGAAUUCCCUCGGAAGAACUUGGUCCUUGGAAAAACUCUGGGAGAAGGAGAAUUUGGAAAAGUGGUCAAGGCAACGGCCUUCCGGCUGAAAGGCAAAGCGGGGUACACGACUGUGGCUGUAAAGAUGCUGAAAGAGAAUGCCUCGGCGAGCGAGCUGCGGGACCUGCUGUCAGAGUUCAACCUCCUGACGCAGGUCAGCCACCCGCAAGUCAUCAAGCUAUACGGGGCCUGCAGCCAGGACGGGCCGCUGUUCCUCAUCGUGGAGUAUGCCAAGUACGGCUCCCUGCGGGGCUUCCUCCGAGAGAGCCGCAAGGCGGGGCCCGGCUACGUGGGCAGCAGAGACAGCCGCAACUCCAGCUACCUGGACAACCCGGAGGAGCGGGCCCUGACCAUGGGUGACCUCAUCUCCUUCGCCUGGCAGAUCUCGCGGGGGAUGCAGUACCUGGCCGAGAUGAAGCUCGUCCAUCGGGACUUGGCAGCCAGAAACGUCCUAGUAGCCGAGGGGCGCAGGAUGAAGAUCUCGGAUUUUGGUCUGUCCCGAGAUGUUUAUGAAGAGGAUUCCUACGUGAAGAGGAGCAAGGGUCGGAUCCCAGUCAAGUGGAUGGCCAUUGAGUCCCUCUUCGAUCACAUCUACACCACCCAGAGUGACGUGUGGUCCUUCGGUGUCCUGCUGUGGGAGAUUGUGACCCUGGGGGGCAACCCCUACCCUGGGAUUCCUCCAGAGCGGCUCUUCAACCUUCUGAAGACAGGCUACCGGAUGGAGAGGCCAGACAACUGCAGCGAGGAGAUGUACAGUCUGAUGCUGCAGUGCUGGAAGGAGGAGCCAGACAAGAGGCCAGUGUUUGCCGACAUCAGCAAAGACCUGGAUAAGAUGAUGGUUAAGAGCAGAGACUACUUGGACCUGGCCGCGUCCACCCCAUCUGAUUCCCUGCUGUACGACGACGGCCUGUCAGAGGAGGAGAUGCCCCUGGUGGACUGCAUGUCAGACCCGAACUGGCCUGAAGAGAGUCCUGUACCACUCACGAGAGCCGAUGGCACCAACACUGGGUGUCCGAGAUAUGCAAAUGAUAGUGUAUAUGCUAACUGGAUGGUUUCACCCUCCGCGGCACAAUUAACGGACACGUUUGAUAGUUAA